AUGGCGUCAAUAACUUCUAAGCCUGUACUCGUUACAUUAAGACAGUUGUUAUCAGAGAUCCGUCAACAAAGUACUAAUAAGAAACUGUCUGAUAACCAAAUGGUUCAGUAUAUAUUCAAACAGUAUCGAAAAUAUCAGACGACUGAUCAACAACUGUGUAAGGCAAUUGAUGAAAUGCAUUUCAAGGCACGCACAUAUGUUGAUUACAUGCAUAAUGCAAAAAGAUAUAAAGAAAUCAAUGCAGAAUAUAAAGGUAAAGGAGAAAGAUCUGUGGAAGAAACUGCAAGGAUGGUUGGCUUUAAAUUACCACAUGAUCCGAAGCCAUAAAUUUUGAUGUGAUUUUAUUUCUAUGUAUAUAUUUAUAAAACUAGUUUUGUUGUAAAAAAAAAAUAGGAAAUAAAAAUCAUCAAUUAAAAU